GAUAUUAAAAGUCCGUGAUUACUUUUAGUUUUAGCUGGGUUGUUUGACUUGGAGUUGGACCUAAUUUAUCCGCACUGAGAUUAUUAAAACAUUAGGAAGAAUUAAUAUAAAAAACCAGAGCAGUUGUUCAAGGACCAUAAUACGGAUAAUGAACAUGAAAGUAUGAAACUAAUCACGAGUAUAAAAUAAGUCGGAAUUGUGAUUUGGAAGAUAUUUGUUUGACGGGGAUAUAGAUAUAAAUAUCAAGUUGCCAAAUGCAUAUAUGUACACGCUUGUUUAUGUAAUAUAUAAUUUGUCUUCUAGUGUUUAGUAAAUAUUUUAAUCUACUUAGCUCACACAACAGCACGAUGGCUUUAGAAAAAGACUAACUCAUUUACUUCAUUACUUUCUUUUGAUACUAAUAAACAUUUCCUCUAAACCUUAAACGACCUCUAACCCGUAAACGAGUUCAAGAUUCAAGAUUGUUUAUACGAGAGUUUUUAGGUGUUUUUAAUUUUCAAAAUUUCUAUUUAUUUUCUGGGAAGUUAACGAUUAUAUGAAGAAACCUUCGAUACUUUCGUUUCUCGUCUAACCUCUUCUUUAUUGCAACAACUAGCUGUAAAUUUUUGUUGGGUAAUGUUCAUACAGGAUCCAAAACCAGCACAUUUCUUUCUUAGCUUCACUUAUUAAGUGAUGGCCCAUUAAAAUAUACUUAUAAAGCCCAUUAACAAGGUUCUAUAAAGUAUAAAUUAUACGAAUCCACUGCAAAGUCAAGACUGAAUCAAAAGGGAGUGGAAAAUAGGAAUAUAAAACCAAUAAUUCAUUAGAGUAACUAAUUUUAGUUUCAUCAUCACUGCACUCUUUUUUUUUUCUCGAGUACUAGAGGAAGCAGGCCACAAAGCCAAAUACAUCCCGAGAGGGAAUAUCAAACUACAAGUCAAAGACACAUCUCCUUUGGAUUGACCAAAAAAAAAGGACACAUCUCCUUUGGAAAGUGGGUCUGCAAAGGAUGGGAUGACUCUUGAUUUUGCCGAUUUUAAUUUGCACACAGGUACAACAAUAAUAUAUAUAUUCGAUUUGGGCCCUCGUGACAUGACUAUUUACAAAUACUGCCAUCUGCUGCAGCUAAAAUUUCAUUUAUGGCAUGUAAUAUUUUUAUAUGUUUAGCAAUAACACUAACGUAAUGACAAUAUCUUUCCAAACAUAACAUUUGUCUCUACAUUACAUUCAGACAGUUUUGCACCGUCCCGUCAAUUUUUCGUAGUUGUUUUUUUAAUACUCUUUCAAGCAAAGUUAAUUGUGUAAUUCUUUUUUGUUUGGUUUGAAAUUUUAAUUUUUAAAAGAAAAUUAGAAUCCUAGAACGACGUGACUAUUAUUUAUCUAUCAUUUACAUAAUUAAGUUCUUUUAGGUGGUAUGUUCAUACUAUACUUUUAUCAUUUCUACCCACCAUUAUAAAUUAUGCUAUUUAUAGCAUUUUGUAUUGUUAAAUAUAUUAUGCCAGUUAAUAAUAAUCAACAUAUAUAUCUUUUUUUUUUGAAAAAGCUAUAUAUCUAGUUUUACACCCCAAAUUUUGAAACGAUCAACAAUUCUGUUGGAGUUGUUGUAAAAAUACAAUUAAAUACAUCUAUAAUCUUUUUGAUCUUUUGAACAAUAUUUAAUAGAAUUAUAUUAUUAAUUAACCUAACAGAGUGAAAAUCAUCGAAAUUUGUAAUUAAAAAAAAAUAGAAUAGCAAAUUUAAUUAGAGUGUUUAAAUGCGAAAACUUGUUGUAAAUGUGUGAAGAUGCUACACUAUAAAUGUAUACAGUCUUGGAAAGCACGAACUCCUCUCAGGUAGGUUCUGGGCAUUGUGAUCCUCUUUGAGCAUUUCGGGCUUCGCCGUUAAUUAUGAUGCGAAAACUUGUUGUAAAUGUGUGAAGAUGCUACACUAUAAAUGUAUACAGUCUUGGAAAGCACGAACUCCUCUCAGGUAGGUUCUGGGCGUUGUGAUCCUCUUUGAGCAUUUCGGGCUUCGCCGUUAAUUAUGUUCUCUCUUACAUAAACUUCGUGUUUUAAUUAGCCCUAACCCUAACGCGAGGCGCCUCUACACGAUCAAGCUUCUUUACCUAAAUCUAAAUUCCAUUAAAUCAUUUUCUUUUGUCACAAAGCCAUUAUAUAUAUACAUAAAUAUCUUGUCAUACUAUAAUAUGUCUAUUUUCAAUAAAGUUAGAAGCUUUAGCCUCAUUUUAAAACUACUUUCCAAAAUUUAUCGUUUUAUUCACUACGUAAUGUAUGAUAUUGAGUCAUGGAUAAUUUUUUGCGUUUAUGUACAUGUUUUCAGUUUCUCAAUUCCUUGGUGCAAGUGUUGCAGUCUUUUUCAAUUUAUAUAACUGUGUGUUGAUGAAACUGAGACACUAAACUAGAGAAUAACUAAAUAUCGAUAAGUAGAAACUAUGUGUUGAUGAGAUUGAGAUUGCACUAUUUAUCACAUACUAUAGUAUAUCAAAUUAUCAAUACUGCUAUGUUUUGCUUUAAGUAUUGUCCACACGUGGAAACAAAGUUAUGCUCCUUUCCGUUAGGCAAACUUAUUACCUUCUUUAAGAUUCUAGUUUUUAAAAUAUUAGAUGUCAGAUGAAAAAAAUAAUAAUGCACCAAACAAUAUGUUCAUUCAGCUUGAUCCUUCCGAGCAGAUGGCUGAACAAGGCAUGAUGACUGACCCAGAUUCUCUUUAAUUUAUUUGAAAGAAACAGCAAAAAGAAAUGUAUCAUUGAACCUGAUUAGUAAAUUAUUUUAAAUUCUUUAGUUCAGUGAGUUCAGUCUAUAUAUAUAUAGGAAUUGAUCUGCGGCGUAUUGCCCAUAAUGAAAUUCAACAGCGCGUCUGGAGGUUACUAAUCAAUCAAAUGGUUCUCUUUUAUGUGAGAUUCACAUUGCGAUUUAAGUUAAAGCAUGAUCUCAUCAUUUUCUUCAAGUGAAUUGUGAAAGCUAUCUCGAGAAAUUACCUUUAUAGUUAACAAGUAGUAUUAUCUAUAGCUACUUAAUAUUAUUAUUAUUUUUUUGGAAAUUAAUUGAUAAGUCAAAAAUCAACUUUAUUUCGGACAAAAUGUAUGGAGUUGCAAAAUGCAGGCAGCAGUGUAAACUUCACUAGCUGAUUAAAACUGAUCGCAUCUCACAUCCUAAACCCUAAUUAACCUCAUCCAGUUACCUCCGACAAGGGUUAUUUACAUAAACAGCAAUUGUUUUUUAUAAAGAAAAAUUAAAAAUUAUUCAAGAAUAUGGGGAAAAACGAUUACCAGAAGAAAAAAAAAGAAUAUGGGAAAAACUACUCUUUUUAAUCUGACAAACUUUUUAUUAUCUAUGAGAUUAUUUUUUUUUAAACAAUACCAGAUAGUAUUGUAUUUCGAAAAGAACAAAAUACUUUUCAGAAACGAUAUGCUUGCGAGUAGUUGACUGAGCACAAGUUUUCGAUUAUUAAAAACAAACACAAAUAAUAUAUAUAUGAGGUAAUCUGAGUUUUCAGUUGUCCACCAAAAGCUGGCUUUGAUUCAUGAUCUGUCACACCCUUGACAAACGGUGUGAUGAUAUCAACCCUUCUGACUUCUGAGGUUACCAUAACCCAUUUAAGAAGAAGCUACAUAAAAGCAACUUUGAGACAACGGUCACAAAGAAAAAUUAGCGAGGUUUUCAUAUCAAUUUGUCUUUUCUUACAAUAACUCAUCUGGGUAUCUGCCGCUACAGUCUUUGCUGGGCUCGACAGAGAAGUGAGAAACAUCAUAUCAGCUAAGAGAAAGCACAAACAAUUUAGCUCACUCAUGUCUCUUUGGCUGAGAUAAUCAACCAUUUUCUUCUAUUCCUAGCUCCAGCUUGUUUUUCUUUUUUUUGCCAAGUUGGAUCUAACCUAAGAUUAGUAUGUACAAUCUUCUUUUCAUUAAUAUGAAAUUUACAGUUUAGCAAAAAAAACUCAUCUGGGUACAUAUAUAAAACUUCACGUAUCAUACACCUUAGAUAUGCUUUGGUUUUUUUUUUUUUUUGAACAAUGCUUUGGUAGGUCUAACUUCUAUCACUAAGGUCAAGACGGAAUACUAAUAGAAACCUAAGGGCAUUUCUACUAUAGUUAUGAAUCAUGUCGAAUUGAAUUGAUGGAUUGAACACAAUAUUUCAUUAAAACAAGGAUAAUUUACAUCCGAAGCCAAUUUGUGAAAAUGGCACGCAUAGCGUCUUUUUCUUAAUCAUCCUCCUCUCUGACAAAGCUAAUUUUGUAUAGGAAUUAGUAAUUUACAUUUUACACGUUAGCGUUAUUAAGGUACUGGCGCGCACACACUAAAGCUGCCACGAAAUAUCAUGUGUCAUAUGUUGCAAAUUCAUCAUUUGAAGUUGAUUUUUUUUUUGAAUAUUUAUGUUAAAUCUCAAAAUGGUCCAGAUCAAGUUUAAUGAAAACCUUGUUUUUAUUUCGGACAAAAUGUAUGGACUUGCAAAUGUAGUAGUGUAAACUUCACUAGCUGAUUUAAACUGAUUACAUCUCACAUCGAAACCCUAAUUAACCUCAUCAAUACACUUCGACACAUAGGCUACUUACAUAAGUUGCAAAUGUUUCCUUUUUUUUCCUUUUUUUGUAACACCAAGCAAAUGUUUCUUUUUAAUAAAGAAGCUCUUCUAUUUGACCAAAAAAGAAGCUCUUCUAUUAUAUUAUUCGAGAAUCUGGAAAAAACUACGUAUGUACUCUUUUAAUCAGACAACUUUAUAUCUAUAUGAGAUUUUAAUUUAAAAAAGAAAAAUAUUAGAUAGUAUCAUUCCGAAAAUCAAAAAUGCUUUUCAAAAUCUUGUCAGUAGUUUUUUUUUUUGGUCUAACAAGUAGUUGACUGACAAGUUUUCUAUUUAUUGAAAACAAAACAAAUAAUACAUAUAGUAACCUGAGUUUUCAGUUGUCCACCAGAAGCUGUUUUGAUUCAUGAUCUGUCAUUCAACCCUUCGGAGGUUACCAAAAUCAAAAGAAUUUUAAAAGGGCUUGACCAACCCAUCUAAGAAGAAGCAACGUAAAAGCAACUUUGAGACAACGCUUACAAACAAAAAUUAGCGAGGUUGCCAAAUCAAUCUGGGAAUAUAUGUAAGACUUUAGGUAUCAUAUCCCUAACAUAUGCGUUUCACUUCUAUCACGAGGGUCAAGAGAUAAUACUAGUAGUGAUAGAGACCUCAAGGGGACUUCCUAUUAUAGUUAUGAAUCAUGUCAAUUUGAGUUGGUGGACUAACACGUAUUUCAAAGAAAAACAAUGAUAGUCUACAUCCAAAGCCAACAUACACUGUUCAGAAAAAUAAACUUUAAUGUCCAAGAGGCUUUCCAAGAUGCCUAAAGUAUAGAUAAGGUCCUACUAAUACACAUUAAGCGACCAAAUCUAAUGGAAUUUUAUUGGUGAAUAAUAGUUUUCAGAAACAAUAUACCCGCGGCUCUCGUGAAAAUGGCAUGUAUAUCAUCAGUAUUACUAUUAAUUAAUCAUCUUUUUCUCUGGCAAAGUUAAUUUUGAAUAUGAAUUAGUUAGUUACAUCUUACACGCCAAAGUUAUUAAGGUUGUGGCGCGCGCGCGCACACACACUCUAAUCUGCCACGAAACGUCAUAAGUCAUAUGUUGCAAAUUGAUCAUUUCAAGUUGAUUUUGUUUUUGUUUCGAUAUUUACGUUAAAUCACUAAACUCACAAUUUGAUUGAUUUUACGCUCCACUUUUCAGUCUUCAUUAGUUAGCUACUUGCUUUUCUUUUAAAAGUUACUCUUGUCUUUUUUGCUCGUUAAUUUUAAUAUACAUGCGUAUGCGUGCAUAUAUAUAUAUUGUAAAACUAUAAUCUAAUACUAGCCUGGCUCUUUAGCUUUUAUGUAUUACUAAAAAUGUAAUACAAAAACUGAAUCAUCUCUCCAACGUGUCUUCUUUAAACUCAUAGUAUCCUAUGCCCUUGUAAUAUUUACUUUUACGACUUUAAUAAGGUAGCUAUGAACAUUAACAUUAUAACCCGACUUAAAAAAACAUUAUAACCCGAUAGAAAGAACAAACAGAAUAUAAUAUAUAACAGAAUAUGAUUAUGGCAUAUAGCAAGCCUAUUUCUUAUCUACUCCCUCUCGACUUUUGUCAGUACUUAUACAUGGGGUAUUCUUCUUGAUGUCCCGUACGUUGUACCAAAAUGAACGGAUAUGCUCAUACUACACACACAUAUAUAUAGGACUGUAUAUAUAUCUGAUAUUUUGAUAUAUACAUACUACACACACAUAUAUAUAUAGGACUGUAUAUAUAUCUGAUAUUUUAGUAUAUAUACAUUUGUUUAUAUGGUUUGAACAAAAAAAAAAAAAAAAAUACAUUUGUUUAUAUGGUUUUUGACUUUUUGUGAUCGAUCAUUACUGUUGGUCACCAGAGGUCGUGUCAUCACGCGCUGGAAAGAAGGCUAGGGUUUUAGUUUUCGUAGCCCAAUGAUACUAAUAAAAAUUAAAAAGAAGAUAUGAAAUAAGUUGAACGAAGAUAAGAAAUGGUCGAGUGGGAUUUAAAGCAAAACUCGAUCGAAAAACUAUAAUAUCACCCACCUUUGUUACUAACUUUCUGUUUAAAAAAAAUUAAAAAAUUAACACGGUUUAGGGUUUCCAUAAUUUUAUAAUCAAAUGAAAUUGUUGCCUAUUUAGGUUAGAAUAUUCCAAGGACCUAAAAACUAGGAGUUAGGCAAAAUAUUCUAAUUAGCUAAUCAUUUUUGUUUCUUACCACAUAAAGCGUGUGUUUAUACUAAGUAUACUAUUUCUUAGAAUCUGUGUAAUAAUAAGAAGAACGCAGAACAUGCGUUUGUUGUCUUAUGGAACCACAGCUUCACUAAACCAAUCUGUUUUAUUUUUGUUUUAAAUAAUAAAUAGGAAAUCGUGGGGACAACUCAUUUAUGUUUGCCCUAGAGCUUCUGAGACAAAGGGCCGGGCCUGGAAAAAGAUAUACAGACAAAUAAAAAGAUACAUGUAAAAUAAAAGCACACUUUGCAUUCUAUCUUUUCCUCUCCAUCUUUCCUUUUCUGUCAGUCUCACGAUUUCCUGGAGGGAGAGUUUGAAGAUCUUCGUGUAUAACAAAAAAAAAGGUAGUCUCUUUGAGCUUUUUUCAUUUUCCCGUUCAUGAGUUUACUGUUAAUAUGCACAUGCAUUUAGAAAAAUGUUUCAGUUUCAAGAGUUUGGGUUUUUAUAUUUGAGAUGCAAAGAAGGAAAAAAGUUGAAAUGGUUUUUUUGAACUUUUAUUUUGCUUUCCGAGGUUUAGAUCUACUUCAAACUUCAGUUUUUUCGUUGCAAAAGUUUUUAAAAAUGGGUUUUUGAACUAGGGAGCUCUCCUUUUAUACGUUUGGGAUAUAUAAAAGAAGUAAAGGUCCCUUUUGUUCUUUCAUCUCGCCCUGAUCUGUUUGUUCUUUAAUCUUUCCCUCGUCUUUGUUUAAAGAUCUCAAACUUUUUGUUCAAGGGUUUUGCUUUCCAAGGUUUUAGAUCUACUUCAAACAUUAGCAAAAGUAAAAGUUAAUUAAUGGGUUUUUGAACAAGGGAACUGAAGGUCGUCCCUAUUGUUCUUUCAUGUUGCCCUGAUCAUGAAAAAUGGUUUCUUUCAGCUACUAUCUAUUAGUCUGUCAUCAUGUAAACCUUUGAUGUUUGUUUGGGAUAAAAGUGAGGUCCCUUUUGUUCUUUCAUCUCGCCCUGAUAUGUUUGUUAUGUAAUCUUUCGCUCGUCUUUGUAUAAAGAUCUAACCCAUUUCGUAAAUCGUUUUUUUUUUGUUUUAUACAGAAGAUGGGAAAGGAUGAUUUACCUCCACUAGGAGGUAAACCACAUGGCAAGGAGAAGGUUCCAAAUAAAUACAGAAAAACUGCUGCCGCAGCUAGAGAAAACCCACCAACAGAUCAACCACAGCCACAAGAUGAUGAGUUUGGAGAUGGAAGCGGGAUGUCAAAAGAUUGGAGAAAGACCCCAAACGCAAUGGCCAGAGUCAUCAAACAAAAACUAGAUAUUUGCUGGGCCAUCGUUUUGACAUACAUGCUCCAAGCAAUCACCAACAUAAGCAAUCCCAAUGACUACGUGGAGUUUCUCUACCAAGAUUUGGUUGUCCAUCUGAAGUUGAAGAAGAAAACCAAGAAACAAGUUCAACCAGGGCUGAAACUUGCAAACCUUCAAAAGGCCAUCGGCCACAUAGCACACCCCGGGUUACUUAAAGAGAAGAGUUCGGGAGCUGCAAAGGCUGGGAGCAAAACUGGAUUUCAUGGAAAAUGGCAGUUUCAAACUGAAAUCUCACCUUCAGCUGAUUUCAUCAAGGCCAGAGUCGAACACUCUCCCGUUGCUAUAUCGUUUGAGGUUGAUACAGACUUCCACGAACUUAAGAAGAAUAUCUACAAGGUAGGAGACACAACAGAACCACUUGAAGAAGGAGAAGUAGAAGGACACGCAGUACUCAUUGUUGGGUAUGGCUACACGAAAAACAGGCAAUUAUUCUUCUUGGUACAGAAUAGCUGGGGGGACGAUUGGGGCGUGAAGGGCUUUGGAAGGAUCUUCAUAGAUGAGAGUUCCAAGACAACUCUCGUUUAUCCAGUGGUUUAGAUAAGAUUUUAUCAUAUUUUCCGGGCAGUGUGGAACCUAACUUUCGGAUGGUAUAACUUACUACCACUAGUUCGUCCUUUUGUUGAUCAUUGGCUUUUCUUUCCAUUGUAAAAACUUCGAUUAUGACUACUAUGGUUUAUCCAGUGGUUUAGAUAAUUUAUCAUAUUUUGAGGGCAGUGUGGAACCUAACUUUCGGAUGGUAACUUACACUACUAGUUCGUCCUUUUGUUGAUCAUCCAUUGUAAAAACUUUGCUUAUCGUUUAUCCAGAUCAAGUUUAGUUAAUAUUUAUCAUAUUUGGAAGACUGUAGAAUCUAACUUUCGGAUGGUAAUUUUACUACGUACUAGCCUGGCCAAGAGGUUCAUCCUUUGUUGGUCUUUGGCUUUUUUUUUCCUCUCUUCAAUGUAAACACAUCAUUAAACCAGCAGAGUAUGAUUCUGUUAUAAACUUUUGAUUGAACAUAUAUAGAUGAUACUAACAUGAGAUUAAUACAACUUCUUUAAUACAAAAAGGAUUCAAACACGAGUAAUAUAAUAACUUAGCAUACAUAAUUAAGGUCUUACAGCUUUUAAAUAGCUUAAAUCCAUUACACAAACUCAAACUACUUAGAUAGGUUUUCAAACAUAAUUAGCCUUUCUUAAAACUUUCCUCGCGAGGGAAGCAAGCUCAAGAAAACGCCAAAAGUCUGCAAUUAGAAAACGAAGAAACACAUAUCACUCGUUAGGAACUGAGAGUAUAUAGAUUAAAGGAA